AUGAGGACUAUGCUGGCCACGCUUAAGGCCCUGCCCCUCGAUAAGACGGCUAAUAUUGAGAUCAAGGUGAGCGAGGAGCUGUACAACCUGCUGCAGGAGAGGCACUACGCUAUAGACGAUAGUAAGGAUGAGGAAGACGGGGAAGAAAUAGGAGGAGGCUGGGUAGAUAAUAUUAACGACGACGACAAUAAUGAGGAGAUGCUCCAGCUUGAACAGCUGUCUAUAGCUGAUGAUAGGCCUAGGAGGGCAGAGGCGGAGGGAGCACAGAUAUUCGACAAAUAUGACAGACUUCAGAAGCUUAUGUUGGAGCUUGAGAUGCAGUUCCAACUGGAAAACAUCACAGCUGUCUUAUACGCGCUAGCCGUCUAUAUUAAUAGCGACAGAACUACUGAGGCUGACCGUUUAGAGAUACGCUAUCUGCUUGCUAAUAGAAACAUACUUAUAAGGGAGUUUGCAAGCACCUGCGACUACACUUUCUACCUGCAAGCGUUCUACCUGGUGUAUAGAAAUAUGUUAUCUAACUGCCUGCCUAUAUUCCUUAACUCGCUCUUUGCUGCUAUGAAGGGGAACAUAAGCGAUCAGAACGAGGGUGCCGACAUCCUCUUAUUCAGCUACUUCCAGGGAUACUCAAACAUCAAGCGAAGCGUUCGCCAUAGCCCUCAUGACUUGUUAGCCACGAAGGGGUAUGCAACAGAGGUGCUGACCAUGCCGACUUCAGAUGCUGGAGCGACGUCAGCAGCGAGGGAGAAGCGUGAGCGGUUGCUACGCAUUAUCUGCAGCCCUAAUGAGUUGAAGCCUUUCGCAAGGGAGCGUCAGCAGAUUAAUAUUGCUGUUAAGGCUGAGGAGGGUGCGUUCAGGCUUAAGCAAGUUAUAUCGCUAGAUAUGCAGCGUAUAACUAGCGCUAAGCGGACGUUUAAGACUGUUAUCAGGCCUAUCUUCUAA